AUGGAACUGGAAGGCAUUUAUAACAGUUUUGACAGCGAGAAUAGGGGACUGGACAGAGAUGAAGAUAUUUAUGCUAAUAAGGUCCCAAAAUUCAGCCAGAGUGAAGCAACAGCUCAAAAACACAGAGGAAGCAGGUGUUUGGUGUUGAUGACAGUGUGUUGCGGGAUCAUUUGUGUUCUUCUGCUGGUCUUCAUCACACUGUACAUCAUCAUCACAGCAGAGAGAGACCAGUUAAAGAGUUACAAAAACACAGUUGAAGAGUUCAAUCAGACUAUCAUCAGCUUACAGGACAAGAACACUGAUCUAAUGACUGAAAAAGACCAACUGAAGAACAACUUCAGCUCUUUGAAUCAGAUGAAACUGCAGCUGGAGACCACAGUCAAUGAUCUCAUUGCUGAGAAAAGUCAGUUAAAGGGAAGUUUUGAUGCUUUGAAUCAGACGAAACUGCAGCUGGAGACCAGAGUCAAUGAUCUCACUGCUGGGAAAAGUCAGUUACAGGGAAGUUUUGAUGCUUUGAAUCAGACGAAACUGGAGCUGGAGACCAGAGUCAAUGAUCUCACUGCUGAGAAAAAUCAAUUAAAGGGAAGUUUUGAUGCUUUAAAUCAGAUGAAACUGGAGCUGGAGACCAGAGUCAAUGAUCUCACUGCAGAGAAAAGUCAGUUACGAGGAAGUUGUGAUGCUUUGAAUCAGACGAAACUGGAGCUGGAGACCGGAGUCAAUGAUCUCACUGCUGAGAAAAGUCAAUUAAAGGGAAGUUUUGAUGCUUUGAAUCAGACGAAACUGGAGCUGGAGACCAGAGUCAAUGAUCUCACUGCUGAGAAGAGUCAGUUACGAGGAAGUUGUGAUGCUUUGAAUCAGACGAAACUGGAGCUGGAGACCAGAGUCAAUGAUCUCACUGCUGGGAAAAGUCAGUUAAAGGGAAGUUUUGAUGCUUUGAAUCAGACGAAACUGCAGCUGGAGACCAGAGUCAAUGAUCUCACUGCUGAGAAGAGUCAGUUACGAGGAAGUUUUGAUGCUUUGAAUGAGACGAAACUGGAGCUGGAGACCAGAGUCAAUGAUCUCACUGCUGAGAAGAGUCAGUUACGAGGAAGUUGUGAUGCUUUGAAUCAGACGAAACUGGAGCUGGAGACCAGAGUCAAUGAUCUCACUGCUGAGAAAAGUCAAUUAAAGGGAAGUUUUGAUGCAUUGAAUCAGACGAAACUGGAGCUGGAGACCAGAGUCAAUGAUCUCACUGCUGGGAAAAGUCAAUUACAGGAAAGUUUUGAUGCAUUGAAUCAGACGAAACUGGAGCUGGAGACCAGAGUCAAUGAUCUCACUGCUGGGAAAAGUCAGUUACAGGGAAGUUUUGAUGCUUUGAAUCAGACGAAACUGGAACUGGAGACCAGAGUCAAUGAUCUCACUGCUGAGAAAAGUCAGUUACGAGGAAGUUUUGAUGCUUUGAAUCAGACGAAACUGGAGCUGGAGACCAGAGUCAAUGAUCUCACUGCUGAGAAAAGUCAAUUACAGGAAAGUUUUGAUGCUUUGAAUCAGACGAAACUGGAGCUGGAGACCAGAGUCAAUGAUCUCACUGCUGAGAAAAGUCAAUUAAAGGGAAGUUUUGAUGCUUUGAAUCAGACGAAACUGGAACUGGAGACCAGAGUCAAUGAUCUCACUGCUGAGAAAAGUCAGUUACAGGGAAGUUUUGAUGCUUUGAAUCAGACGAAACUGGAGCUGGAGACCAGAGUCAAUGAUCUCACUGCUGGGAAAAGUCAGUUACAGGGAAGUUUUGAUGCUUUGAAUCAGACGAAAAUGGAACUGAAGACCAGAGUCAAUGAUCUCACUGCUGAGAAAAGUCAAUUAAAGGGAAGUUUUGAUGCUUUAAAUCAGAAGAAACUGGAGCUGGAGACCAGAGUCAAUGAUCUCACUGCUGAGAAAAGUCAAUUAAAGGGAAGUUUUGAUGCUUUGAAUCAGACGAAACUGGAACUGGAGACCAGAGUCAAUGAUCUCACUGCUGAGAAAAGUCAGUUACGAGGAAGUUUUGAUGCUUUGAAUCAGACGAAACUGGAGUUGGAGACCAGAGUCAAUGAUCUCACUGCCGAGAAAAGUCAAUUAAAGGGAAGUUUUGAUGCUUUAAAUCAGAAGAAACUGGAGCUGGAGACCAGAGUCAAUGAUCUCACUGCCGAGAAAAGUCAGUUACAGGGAAGUUUUGACUCUUUGAAUCAGACGAAACUGGAGUUGGAGACCAGAGUCAAUGAUCUCACUGCCGAGAAAAGUCAAUUACAGGGAAGUUUUGAUGCUUUGAAUCAGACGAAACUGGAGUUGGAGACCAGAGUCAAUGAUCUCACUGCUGAGAAAAGUCAAUUAAAGGGAAGUUUUGAUGCUUUGAAUCAGACGAAACUGGAACUGGAGACCAGAGUCAAUGAUCUCACUGCUGAGAAAAGUCAAUUAAAGGGAAGUUUUGAUGCUUUAAAUCAGAAGAAACUGGAGCUGGAGACCAGAGUCAAUGAUCUCACUGCCGAGAAAAGUCAGUUACGAGGAAGUUUUGAUGCUUUGAAUCAGACGAAACUGGAGUUGGAGACCAGAGUCAAUGAUCUCACUGCCGAGAAAAGUCAAUUACAGGGAAGUUUUGAUGCUUUGAAUCAGACGAAACUGGAGUUGGAGACCAGAGUCAAUGAUCUCACUGCCAAGAAAAGUCAGUUACAGGGAAGUUUUGAUGCUUUGAAUCAGACGAAACUGGAGUUGGAGACCAGAGUCAAUGAUCUCACUGCUGAGAAAAGUCAGUUACAGGGAAGUUUUGAUGCUUUGAAUCAGACGAAACUGGAACUGGAGACCAGAGUCAAUGAUCUCACUGCUGAGAAAAGUCAAUUACAGGGAAGUUGUGAUGCUUUGAAUCAGACGAAACUGGAGUUGGAGACCAGAGUCAAUGAUCUCACUGCUGAGAAAAGUCAGUUACAGGGAAGUUUUGAUGCUUUGAAUCAGACGAAACUGGAGCUGGAGACCAGAGUCAAUGAUCUCACUGCUGAGAAAAGUCAGUUACGAGGAAGUUUUGAUGCUUUGAAUGAGACGAAACUGGAGUUGGAGACCAGAGUCAAUGAUCUCACUGCCAAGAAAAGUCAGUUACAGGGAAGUUUUGAUGCUUUGAAUCAGACGAAACUGGAGUUGGAGACCAGAGUCAAUGAUCUCACUGCUGAGAAAAGUCAGUUAGGAGGAAGUUUUGAUGCUUUGAAUCAGACGAAACUGGAACUGGAGACCAGAGUCAAUGAUCUCACUGCUGAGAAAAGUCAGUUACAGGGAAGUUGUGAUGCUUUGAAUCAGACGAAACUGGAGUUGGAGACCAGAGUCAAUGAUCUCACUGCUGAGAAAAGUCAGUUACAGGGAAGUUUUGAUGCUUUGAAUCAGAAGAAACUGGAGCUGGAGACCAGAGUCAAUGAUCUCACUGCUGAGAAGAGUCAGUUACAGAGAAGGUUUGAUGCUUUGAAUCAGAAGAAACUGGAGUUGGAGACCAGAGUCAAUGAUCUCACUGCUGAGAAAAGUCAGUUACAGGGAAGUUUUGAUGCUUUGAAUCAGACGAAACUGGAGUUGGAGACCAGGGUCAAUGAUCUCACUGCUGAGAAAAGUCAGUUAGGAGGAAGUUUUGAUGCUUUGAAUCAGACGAAACUGGAGCUGGAGACCAGAGUCAAUGAUCUCACUGCUGAGAAAAGUCAGUUACAGAGAAGUUUUGACUCUUUGAAUCAGACGAAACUGGAGCUGGAGACCAGAGUCAAUAAUCUCACUGCUGAGAAAAGUCAGUUACGAGGAAGUUUUGAUGCUUUGAAUCAGACGAAACUGGAGCUGGAGACCAGAGUCAAUGAUCUCACUGCUGAGAAAAGUCAGUUACAGGAAAGUUUUGAUGCUUUGAAUCAGAAGAAACUAGAGUUAGAGACCAGAGUUAAUGAUCUCACUGCUGAGAAAAGUCAGUUACAGGGAAGUUUUGACUCUUUGAAUCAGAAGAAACUGGAGUUAGAGACCAGAGUCAAUGAUCUCACUGCUGAGAAAAGUCAGUUAGGAGGAAGUUUUGAUGCUUUGAAUCAGACGAAACUGGAACUGGAGACCAGAGUCAAUGAUCUCACUGCUGAGAAAAGUCAGUUACAGGGAAGUUGUGAUGCUUUGAAUCAGACGAAACUGGAGUUGGAGACCAGAGUCAAUGAUCUCACUGCUGAGAAAAGUCAGUUACAGGGAAGUUUUGAUGCUUUGAAUCAGACGAAACUGGAGCUGGAGACCAGAGUCAAUGAUCUCACUGCUGAGAAAAGUCAGUUACAGGGAAGUUUUGAUGCUUUGAAUCAGAAGAAACUGGAGCUGGAGACCAGAGUCAAUGAUCUCACUGCUGAGAAAAGUCAGUUACAGAGAAGUUUUGACUCUUUGAAUCAGACGAAACUGGAGCUGGAGACCAGAGUCAAUAAUCUCACUGCUGAGAAAAGUCAGUUACGAGGAAGUUUUGAUGCUUUGAAUCAGAAGAAACUAGAGUUAGAGACCAGAGUCAAUGAUCUCACUGCUGAGAAAAGUCAGUUAAGAGGAAGUUUUGAUGCUUUGAAUCAGAAGAAACUAGAGUUAGAGACCAGAGUCAAUGAUCUCACUGCUGAGAAAAGUCAGUUACAGGGAAGUUUUGACUCUUUGAAUCAGAAGAAACUGGAGUUAGAGACCAGAGUCAAUGAUCUCACUGCUGAGAAAAGUCAGUUAAGAGGAAGUUUUGAUGCUUUGAAUCAGAAGAAACUAGAGUUAGAGACCAGAGUCAAUGAUCUCACUGCUGAGAAAAGUCAGUUACAGGGAAGUUUUGACUCUUUGAAUCAGAAGAAACUGGAGUUAGAGACCAGAGUCAAUGAUCUCAGUGAAGAACUAAAGAAGGAAAAAUCUAAAAAAGGAUUUCUGUGGGGUCGAGAUGGCUUGUUUAUGUCCAAUAAGCCGAUGACCUGGUCUGAGAGCAGACAGUUCUGCAGAGAUCAAGGAGCUGAUCUGGUCAUUAUCAGCACUGAAGAGAAGCAGAGGCACAUAACUUCAUCAGUCAAGGGGAGAGUGUGGAUUGGUUUGUCUGACAUUGAGACUGAGGGGAUCAUGAAAUGGGUGGAUAAUUCACCACUGAAACAAGGGUUUUGGAAUAAAGGAGAGCCAAAUAAUGCAGGAAACGAGGACUGUGUUGAACUGACGCCUUCAGACUCCAUCCAGAACUGGAAUGAUCUCCCAUGCUCUGAGAAGAGGAAAGCCGUUUGUGAGAAAUAGGGUUCAUGUUUUUAUUUGUAUUUUUUUAUGGAAUCAUCACUCUUAUUAAUUUUUUAUUAUUAAUUUCUUAUUAGUUUUUGUAGAUAGUAGCUGCUUUCAUGACAUCAGUUUCAUUCUAUGCUAUUUUGUAACAUACAAAACAUAAAUGGAAAU